AUGCUGGAGCUGAGCCUGUCCUGGCUGGGACUCGGGGCGGUGGCAGCCUCCCCGUGGCUGCUGCUGCUGCUGCUCGGGGCCUCCUGGAUCCUGGCCCGCAUCCUGGCCUGGAUCUAUGCCUUCUAUGACAACUGCUGUCGCCUCCGAUGUUUCCCGCAGCCCCCCAAACGGAGCUGGUUUUGGGGUCACCUAGGCCUGGCGCAGAGCAAUGAGGAGGGCAUGCGGCUGGUGGAGGAGCUGGGCCACCACUUCCGCGACGUCCACCUCUGGUGGAUGGGGCCCUUCUUCCCCAUCCUGCGGCUUGUUCACCCUAACUUCGUUGCCCCUCUGCUCCAGGCCUCAGCCACCAUCAUACCCAAGGAUAUGUUUUUCUACAGCUUCCUGAAACCCUGGCUGGGGGAUGGGCUCCUGCUGAGUGCUGGUGACAAGUGGAGCAGCCACCGUCGCCUGCUGACACCUGCCUUCCACUUCGAGAUUUUGAAGCCCUAUAUGAAGAUUUUCAACAAGAGCACAGACAUCAUGCAUGCCAAGUGGCAACGCCUGGCCUUGGAGGGCAACACUCAUCUGGACAUGUUUGAACACGUCAGCCUCAUGACCCUGGACAGUCUGCAGAAAUGCGUCUUCAGUUACGACAGCAAUUGCCAGGAGAAACCCAGCGAAUAUAUUGCUGCCAUCUUGGAGCUCAGUGCCCUGGUGAUGAAACGAAUUGAGCAGAUUUUCCUGCACGUGGACUUCCUGUACUACCUCACCCCCGAUGGGCAGCGCUUCUACAGGGCCUGCCGCCUGGUGCACGACUUCACAGAUGCCGUCAUCCAGAAGAGGCGUUGUACUCUAAUCAGUCAGGGUUCCCAAGAAUUCCUCAAAACCAAGACUAAGGCCAAGACUUUGGACUUCAUCGAUGUGCUUCUGCUGGCCAAGGAUGAAGAUGGGAAGGGAUUGUCAGACGAAGAUAUCCGAGCUGAAGCUGACACCUUCAUGUUUGAGGGCCAUGACACCACAGCCAGCGGCCUCUCCUGGAUCCUGUACAACCUGGCAAAGCACCCUGAAUGGCAAGAGCGCUGCCGGCAGGAGGUACAAGAACUCCUGAGGGACCGCGAGCCUAAAGAGAUUGAAUGGGACGACCUGGCCCGGUUGCCCUUCCUGACCAUGUGCAUCAAGGAGAGUCUGCGUUUGCAUCCCCCAGUAGCGGUCAUCUCUCGCCGCUGUACCCAAGACGUUGUGCUCCCAGACGGCCGAGUCAUCCCCAAAGGGAACAUCUGUGUCAUCAGCAUCUUUGGGAUUCACCACAACCCAUCGGUCUGGCCAGACCCUGAGGUAUUCAACCCCUUCCGCUUUGAUCCAGAAGCCCCCCAGAAGAGAUCACCUCUGGCUUUCAUUCCCUUUUCGGCAGGGCCCAGGAACUGCAUCGGGCAGACAUUUGCCAUGAACGAGAUGAAGGUGGCGCUGGCGCUCACCCUACUGCGGUUCCGCAUCCUGCCGGAUGAGGAGGAGCCACGCAGGAAGCCAGAGCUGAUCCUGCGCGCGGAGGGCGGACUUUGGCUGCAGGUGGAGCCACUGAACACAGGCCAGUAA